GAAGAUGAUGGGUCAGGUGGCCGAGAGGGAUCGGUCGCCCCACAAUCUGUCAGUGAAGACCGCCUUGGAGGAGGAGAUCGAGAGGGCCGAGAGUAUUCUCAGCAGGGUGCCUUCUGUCUGCGAUGACACAUCCUCAGAGCUGCAAAGAGUCGCUGCUCUUGACCCUCACGGAGGCAAUUCAAGAAACUCUUUUCAAAGGAACGGAGCCAUCUCAAGACUGGUGAGCCUGGUGGUGAGACUGAGGGAAUGGGCUCACAGGAGUCUGCUGGAGGAGGAGGAGCGACCGGACUCCUUCCUGGAACGCUUUCGAGGCCCUGAGCUGAGAACGGCCCCCAGCCGCAUCAGCAACACGCAACCGGAUGCCAAUGGCAACAAUGCCAAAGGGAUCUUCAGAAAAAAGUGGGAUGUGUUUGUGGUGUCCCCAUCCGAUAAUGCAUACUACCGCUGGUUAUUUGUUAUCGCCACAGCGGUGCUCUACAACUGGUUCCUUGUUGUCGCGAGGGCAUGCUUUGACAAGUUACAGGUGGGCAAUUACAUCUGCUGGCUGGUGUUGGACUACCUCUCUGACACUGUGUACAUAAUGGACACGUGUGUCCGACUUCGCACAGGGUUCCUGGAACAAGGUUUGCUGGUGAAGGACCACGCCAAGCUAAGAGACAGCUACGUCAGAACAUUGCAGUUCAAGCUGGACGUGGUGUCCAUCCUGCCCACCGACCUGGCCUACAUCUCCACCGGCAUCCACACACCUCAGCUCAGGUUUAACCGUCUGCUUCGCUUCCCACGAAUGUUUGAAUUCUUUGACCGCACAGAGACGCGCACCAACUACCCCAACAUCUUCCGCAUCUGCAACUUGGUGCUUUACAUCCUGGUCAUCAUCCACUGGAACGCCUGCAUCUACUACGCUAUAUCCAAGUCUUUGGGUUUAGGCUCGGACACUUGGGUGUUCCCAAACAUCUCCAAACCUGAGUAUUCCUCCCUGACUCGGACUUACGUUUACUGUCUGUACUGGUCGACUCUCACUCUUACCACCAUUGGAGAGAUGCCUGCACCAGUGCGAGACGAAGAAUACCUAUUUGUGGUCUUCGACUUUCUUGUUGGGGUGCUGAUCUUUGCCACAAUUGUGGGAAAUGUUGGCUCUAUGAUUGCCAACAUGAAUGCCACCCGUGCCGAGUUUCAAGCUCGAAUUGACGCCAUUAAACACUACAUGCACUUCCGCAAAGUGAGCAAAGAGCUGGAGACUCGUGUCAUUAAAUGGUUCGACUACCUGUGGACCAACAAGAAGGCAGUAGAUGAGCAGGAGGUGCUAAAGAACUUGCCAAACAAACUGCGGGCUGAAAUUGCCAUCAACGUACAUCUGGAGACGCUGAAGAAGGUACGCAUUUUUCAAGACUGUGAGGCAGGACUGCUGGUGGAGCUCGUGCUCAAACUACGCCCACAGGUCUUCAGUCCAGGCGAUUACAUCUGCAGGAAAGGGGACAUCGGUAAGGAGAUGUACAUCAUCAAAGAGGGGAAGCUGGCAGUGGUGGCAAACGAUGGGGUCACACAGUAUGCUCUCCUCACCGCCGGCAGCUGCUUUGGGGAAAUCAGCAUUUUGAAUAUAAAAGGUAGUAAAAUGGGGAAUCGUCGUACAGCCAACAUUCGCAGCAUGGGCUACUCUGACCUCUUCUGCCUCUCAAAGGAUGACUUGAUGGAGGCAGUGACUGAGUAUCCAGAUGCUAAGAGUGUGCUGGAGGAGAGAGGCCGGGAGAUCCUGCUGAAGGAGGGACUUCUGGAUGAGAAUGCAGAGAGCGGAGGGCUGCAGAAAGAGGACACAGAGGAGAAGGUGGAGAGGCUGGAGUCCUCUCUGGACACCCUUCAGACUCGGUUUGCCCGUCUGCUCAACGAAUACACCCACACUCAGCAGCGGCUGAAGCAGCGCAUCACUCUGCUGGAGAGGCAGCACAAUCAGACAGACUGCGGCACAGACACAAAUGAAGAGGUGGAUGCAGACACAGAGAUGACCAAUGGAACUGACUCUGGGCCUGUUGUCUGGACAGAUGGGUCACCACAUCACAGCAAUGAGCAAAUAGAAGACAAUAAGAGCCCAAUAUCAAAACAUUAACUGUCUCAGCAAGGAGGCAUUAGAUGUGUUUCCCCUAAACGGCUUUGGCUCAUUAAAGCUGCAGGAAAAAGAAACCUGGAAGUGGUAGAAUUUCAAAUACAGCCGUCUUUCUGCAGCUCUCUUCUCCUUGUCAGAAGUAACUUUGAUGAGUCAAGCCAACAUUCACUUGUUUUCAGCACACUAUCCUGAUUGAAAGUCCUCUGUGUAACACAUCCUACUUCCAAUGUGGACUUUGUGGCUCUUUAAACGGUCUCAUCUGAUCUGUGGGAAAACAACUGUGUUUGGGUAAUGACCCCAACACAAAUUAGAUUUUCUAAAGCCUGAAAACAGAGCCAACUGAGACAUCUAGUUUUACCUCAGACUAUUUGAACAACAAUAUAAUGAAAGGUUUUAUAGAAUUUUUGCCGAGCAGCACCCCCAAACAAACUGCUUUGCUGCUACUGCAGCUUUAAGAGAAGAGGAAAACAUCAACAUCCUUUUUAACUUCCAUAGAAAGUUUUGUUGGUUGUAGCUGGGUAUAAAGAGAUGUAUGCAUGUGAAUUAAAAGGAAGCUGGUAACGAUUGCUAUGACCAUGCAGACUUUGAGUUCAUGUCGAUGCCAAAACCAGUGAGUUGGAUGUAAAUACAAAGGGUGGCUUUAAAGUUACAUCCAGGAUCAAGCUAAUUCGAAGUAUAGAGAUCAAAUCAGUGGCAGUGACAAAAUGAAAAACACUAAAAACCUGCAAAUUAAGUUUAAAUGUCACCUUUUUAGACAGAAUAAAGGAAUGAUAUCAGACUGAAAACUGAUGGAUGUCAGAGUUUCUGGGUCACCUGUAAGCACCUUGUGUUUGCUUGCGUCUGCAGAGGGAUUCAGGUCUCUUGACAUGUUUUGUAUUAUGCUCUGGCUGUGUACACCUCGUCUCUGACUGCUGCUCCUCCUGGGAAGAAAGUGUCCAAGGAGAGAUCGUAGGAGGUGGCAUACACAAACACAAUUAUUUUCCAGUCACCCAGGUUAGAUCUGAAUCAGACAUAUGAUCAUUGCAAGGACAAUCUUCUGACUUUUUCUUCCCUACUUUGGCUUCUGUUGAAGAUUUAUCAGAGUUCUUGCAGCUGAAGUGACCCAUUCACUCAUUAUUUGUCACUAAAUGAGCUUCAGUUUUCUGCAAAUUUUCACGUGCUUACAAAACUCAGUCUCAUAUUAAAAUGAGUACACUGCUUCCUCUGUC